UUAUGUUUGUAUCUGAACAAAAAAUAUCGUUUGUUCUUAUCAACUUAAACAAGUCAGAAAUCAGAGUUGACAAUGAAUCGUAUGGACAACAGAAAAUACCAAUUUACUGCUUUUUAACUAUUUUAAAUUAACAUGUGGUGCUGCCACUUCCGUCACGACUAUAAAAACUGUUAAUCCGCUCAUCUCAGCUCUCUCAUCUCAUAAAACAUAUUGAGUAGUGAGGACUAAUUAACAGAUAUGGAUCUGGCUUUUACGCACGUUUGUUUGUGGACGCUACUCGCCUUUGUGGUGACUUGGACAGUGUUCUACGUCAACAACAGGAGGAAAAAGGUGGCGAAGUUAGCAGAUGUGGCGACAGAGGUGAGAAGAGACGGUGGUGGUGCUGACGUCAUCAUCGUCGGAGCUGGUGUUGGAGGUUCAGCUCUCGCCUACGCUCUUGCAAAGGAUGGGCGUCGAGUACAUGUGAUAGAGAGGGACAUGAGGGAACCAGUGAGAAUGAUGGGUGAAUUUAUGCAACCCGGUGGACGACUCCUGCUUUCUAAGCUUGGUCUUGAAGAUUGUUUGGAGGGAAUAGAUGAACAGAUAGCCACAGGCUUAGCAGUUUAUAAGGACGGACAAAAAGCACUCGUGUCUUUUCCAGAGGACAACGACUUUCCUUAUGAACCUACUGGUCGAGCUUUUUUUAAUGGCCGUUUUGUCCAGAGACUGCGCCAAAAGGCUUCUUCGCUCCCCAAUGUACGACUUGAAGAAGGGACUGUAAAAUCUUUGAUAGAAGAAAAAGGAGUGAUCAAAGGAGUGACAUACAAGACUAGCGAAGGUGAGGAAACGACUGCAUUUGCACCUCUCACUGUGGUAUGCGACGGUUGCUAUUCAAACCUUCGUCGGUCUGUUAACGACAACAAUGCGGAGGUUUUGUCGUACCAAGUUAGUUACGUCUCAAAGAAUUGUCAGCUCGAAGAUCCCGAAAAGUUAAAGUUGAUCAUGUCUAAACCCUCCUUCACCAUGUUAUAUCAAAUAAGCAGCACCGAUGUUCGUUGUGCUAUGGAGCUUUUUCCCGGCAAUAUUCCUUCUAUUUCAAAUGGUGAAAUGGCUACUUUUUUGAAAGAUACUAUGGCUCCUCAGGUACCUCCAGAAUUCCGAAAGAUAUUUUUGAAAGGAAUUGAUGAGGGAGCACAAAUAAAAGCGAUGCCAACAAAGAGAAUGGAAGCUACUUUGAGUGAGAAGCAAGGAGUGAUUGUGUUGGGAGAUGCAUUCAACAUGCGUCACCCAGCAGUUGCCUCUGGAAUGAUGGUUGUAUUGUCUGACAUUCUCAUCCUACGCCGCCUUAUCCAGCCAUUGCGAAACCUCAGUGAUGCAAACAAAAUCUCAGAAGUUAUUAAGUCAUUUUAUGUCAUCCGAAAGCCCAUGUCAGCGACGGUAAACACACUAGGAAAUGCAUUUUCUCAAGUGCUAAUUGCAUCGACGGACGAAGCAAAAGAAGCGAUGCGACAAGGCUGUUUUGAUUACCUCUCUAGUGGCGGCUUUCGCACGUCAGGCAUGAUGGCUCUGCUCGGUGGCAUGAACCCUCGCCCACUCUCUCUCAUCUUUCAUCUAUGUGGUAUUACUCUAUCCUCCAUUGGUCAACUGCUCUCUCCAUUUCCAUCUCCUCUUGGCAUUUGGCAUAGCCUCAGACUUUUUGGUUUGUCUAUUAAAAUGUUGGUUCCUCAUCUUAAGGCUGAAGGAGUUAGCCAAAUGCUGUCUCCAGCAUACGCAGCCGCGUAUCGCAAAAGCUAUAUGGCCAUCGAUGAUAAGAACCGAGUAUGAUACUAUGACAUAUUUGGAGCGCUAGUAUUUUGUGGUUUUGCAUCUGUUAAAAUGUGUUGCUGUGUGUUUGUUUACUUCUACUAGUGUAUCAACUGGAAAAUACCCGUGGGUAUAUUCUAAAUGUAUUAAAAAAAAAUUGUGAUAAAUAAAACGACUCUCCAUGUGCGGCUUCCAUUUGCUUACAUGAAGUUUUGUCUUCAUGUCCUGAAAUAGAGUUAAGUUCCUAAGAGGAGAGAAUCUACGAAAAUACUAACGACUCAAAAUUUGUCACACAAUAGUGAAUUUUAUCUUUAGCGAUAAUUGUAAUAUUUUGAUGAAAUUUUGAAAUAAUCAAUUCACAUAUAUAUUAUUAAUUAGAAUCUUAUUGUGAAACUGGCAUUUAUUUUACGUGUUUAUCACAAUAUGUCAUUGGAUUUAUUAUUUUGCCUAGAGGCUUUCAUUAAUGGUAUAAUUUUCUUUCACAAAUUGGUAAUAUACAAUAUUAUAAGACAUUUAUUAAAACCAUAGAAUUAACACACCAUCACACAACUUUUUAUACCAUUAUAUAUAUACCACUAACUAAUCGUUAAUUAUAACUAUAUUAACAUCAUGAUGUCAACCAACGCAUUCUACCCUAUGUGUGUUCAUAUGCCACCAUCAAACAAUUCACUGAAACCAUAUUCAGUUGGAUCGUGUGUUGGACCAAGUUCAAGCAAAUCUUAGAGAUGAGAUAGUGUAAAAAAGCAAAAAUAAUAAUAAAACAAUAAUGGUCAGUUAUUAAUAAUUAAGGGGAAUCUAUCUUAAAUUAAAUAUGCCCAAGUUAAAAAAUUUGUAUACAUAUAAUUUUUUUUUGUCGUCAAUGAACAUUUGAUUUAGGAUUGUGAGGCAUUGUUACAUGUUAGGACUGUGUGAAAUUUCAACAAAAACGACUUAAGGGGUACAAAAUUGAUAUUCACGAAACACUUGGACUUUUAGGUAGUGUUUAAGAAUAUAAUAUUUUAAAUUGAGUUGAAUUAUAAUUGAUAAAAUAAUAUAACCGGUUUUUGUAAGGCUACGUUGAUGCUUGUCAAGCCACUACUUUAAAUUGGGUCCCACUGUAGAUGAGAAGACUAUCCACGUGUAUAUUACCUGAUCGAUAACCACCAGCCUCGCCCUUGGGGAAAUAUCUUCUCCUCCACUAUAAAUACGCCACGUCAUCUUCUCAACCUUUGUGGCCGUUGGAUCUUCCUGAGAUGCCAAACUUAUACUUUAUUUCCACUUUUUACUUUAUUCUUCGAGUUUAUUGCACAUAUAGCUUUUUAUUGUCCCUUUUAUCAACAAAAGAGACAAUUUAAAUUUGGAUGAUAAUAGCACAAGUUGAUGGUUUUGACUGGACGGUAAAUAUAGAGCAAGCAUUUACUCUAAAAUUUUUAAAUCUAAAUAUUGCUUUUUAAGCGUCUAUCUAGAUUUUGUUGAUUAAAUAAAAAAAUUCUAAAAUUUACUUUUGAAUUU